UCAACUCACAAAACAAUCAUCAAAUAAACUCAUAAACUUUCUCUCAAACUUUUUCAAACUCUCAAACAUAAACACUUUUCAACACUCAAAAAAUGGCACCGGAAAUUGUUCAAACCACUGUGAAACCAGUUACCGGUUUCACAAAACCGAAACGUGCAUACGUAACGUUUCUCGCCGGUAACGGCGACUACGUGAAAGGCGUAAUUGGUUUGGCAAAAGGUUUACGUAAGGUAAAAACGGCGUACCCGCUGGUCGUAGCCGUGCUUCCAGACGUACCGGAGGAGCACCGUCAGAUGCUGGAAUCUCAGGGAUGUAUCGUCCGUGAGAUUCAACCUGUUUACCCACCGGAAAAUCAAACUCAGUUCGCUAUGGCUUAUUACGUCAUCAACUAUUCCAAACUCCGUAUAUGGGAGUUUGUGGAAUACAGCAAGAUGAUAUAUUUGGAUGGAGACAUUCAAGUAUAUGAAAACAUAGAUCAUCUUUUUGAUCUACCAGACGGUUAUUUCUACGCUGUGAUGGAUUGUUUCUGUGAAAAAACUUGGAGUCAUACACCACAGUACAAGAUUGGGUACUGUCAGCAGUGUCCGGAGAAGGUGCAAUGGCCGAAAGAAAUGGGUCAACCUCCUUCACUUUACUUCAAUGCUGGCAUGUUUCUGUUUGAGCCAAGCAUGGAAACUUAUCAUGGUCUUUUGAAAACUUGUGAGGCUACGGCUCCUACUCCUUUUGCGGAACAGGAUUUCUUGAACAUGUAUUUUAAGGAUAUUUAUAGGCCAAUUCCUUUGGUUUAUAAUCUUGUUCUUGCUAUGUUGUGGCGUCAUCCUGAGAAUGUUGAUGUUCGGAAAGUCAAGGUUGUUCACUAUUGUGCAGCGGGAUCAAAGCCUUGGAGGUAUACAGGGAAAGAAGAGAAUAUGCAGAGGGAGGAUAUAAAGAUGUUGGUGCAGAAAUGGUGGGACAUAUACAAUGAUUCUUCUCUUGACUACAAGAAGAAUUUGAUUGGAAAUGGUGAGAUUCAAAGGAAUGAAGUUGGAAGAGAGCCAUUUGUACAGGCUUUGUCGGAGGUUGGUCGUGUUCGAUAUGUGACAGCACCUUCGGCAGCUUAACUGAGCUGUUUUUAGGAACAAGAAUGAGGAGGUGCAACAUGCAAGAAGACUUUGCCGUCGGUGCUAGUAGUCAAAUAGAAUAUAGAUUUCUAAUUUUGUGUGUGUUGUUUUUUGUUUUUAAUUUGGGAAUUUUGAUAAUUUGGUUUUGUAUAUAUACGGGUCUGUAUUUUCAGGUAUAUAUUGUUGUGCUUUUAUUUA